UCAUAUAGCAAAGAGUUGGUUUUGAAAGACAUUUAAAAUGAAAUAGUGUACCAUUUAUUGUGACUGUGGACGGAUAAAUUUUUGACAUCAGAAUCAAUUUAAGUCAAAAAAACAAAGUGAUUGUGUGAUCUGUUUUUUUUUUCAUUUGUGCGUGUAAUAUUGUGUAAUUAUAACGUUAUAGUUACAUAUAUCUGUAUCAAACAUAUUUAUUAGGAUGUAUUACUAUAGAUAUCAAAUAGUACAAGGUUUUAUCAUGUUACUUUCUUUAGUAUAUGCUCAAGAAUGUAACAUAACAGUUUAUGAACAUUUAUCAGAACAAGCGAAGAUAGCAGACUGUAGUAGAAGAGGUUUUAACGAAGUUCCACAGACACUUCCACAUGAUAUCGCCGUUCUCGAUCUUAGGGGAAACAAACUUCGUGUUAUCAGUAAUUUUUCUUUUGAGAAUUAUAGUUUAUUACACAAUUUAUCGUUGGCUGAAAACAAACUUCACAUUAUUGAGGAACAAGCAUUCUAUGGAUUAAGCCGAUUGAAGUAUUUGAAUAUGUCUGACAACAAUUUGAACCUGAGAUAUGUGUAUACUCCAGAAAUACUUUUGCCGUUGCAAAAUCUGACUAAUCUAGACAUACGGCGGAAUAUUCAGAAUCAACCGAAUGCGGAUUUAUACCAUUAUCCUGAUCAAGCCUUUGCCGUUUUGAAAAAGCUAGAAUACUUAGCAAUAGAUGUGGCUCCAAAUCCAUAUUUUGGAAUAGGAUUUCAAGGGCUGAAAAACCUGAAAUCAUUAACUUUUGAAUUCUGUUUUUUAAAAUAUCUACGAGGAUAUACAUUCGAAAACUUUUCUUCGAAUCUAGACGAAUUGAAACUGACUAGAUGUCAUUUAAAUUUUUUGGAAGUGGAAAAUAAUGCUCUUUUCCCUUUUCCUAAUAUUACCAAGAUACAUUUUGAAGAAUCAUGCAUGCAUCUUAAACAGGCUCUGAACAUGCUGUCACCAUAUGAUGGCAAGACUAUUGAAAUAAUGAAUCUUCGGGGUCUCAACUGUCCCGUCUUCAAUGAUAAUGAAUAUCCAUUUGCGUUAACUAUCACAAAAGACAUGAUGAAAUAUUUGAAAACUGUUUGUGUAGAAACUUUAGAUUUAUCCGACAACGGGAUUGUUGAUUUUGAUAAAAACUCGCUAUUGUCAUUUGAUCGACCAGAGUGUUUAAAACAUUUAUAUUUAAAGGGAAACCGGUUUGCGUUUGCUAAUGGAAGACAAAUGGACGAGUUAAAAACAUUUUUUAACAAAUCUGUUGCAUUGAAAACAUUUGACUAUUCUUUUAUUCCCGUUCGAUAUAAGCUAUUUGCGAAUGAUUUUCAUCAUUACGCACAAGAUAAUCAUUUUUCUAACAAUAUAAUAUAUUUACCACGUUCUUUAGAAAAAUUAGUGUUGGGUAAUGUACUCUGCUAUGAUAUUCCUAGAUUAUUCUUUAUACGUCGAGGAAGCGAUUUGACUUACCUCGAUGUGUCGUUUAGUCAUACAAACAAUGCUGUAAUUUUUGAAGGAAAUGCUACAUACAAAACUGAAACUUUGGUCUUAGAUGGUCAUUACCACAUAACAUUGUACACAAUAGAGCUAGUUAAUUUCAUUAAUGUAAAAACUCUAUCGUGGAGAAGUGCUAGGUUGUUUUAUAUUAUGAAUGCUCGUUCAGAUGACAUGUUUCUUAAAAGAUUUAUAGCACUUUUUAGAAAAUUUCAAUAUCUCGAAUAUUUUGAUAUGUCAGAUAAUAAUCUUUAUAUUUUACCAGAAAAUUUGUUUAUUAAUAUGUAUCAUCUAUCAGGAUUAUCUUUGUCUAGCAAUUUAUUUCAGUCCAUUCCAAAGGAGAUCAUUUCUCAAAAUAAUAUUAAGUCCCUAGACCUUGGUAAUAACUUAUUACCAACAGUGGAUUAUGAAACACGUGUUUGGGCGGAUUCAAUGAAUCAAAAACAUGGUUUACAUUUUUUUCUUAAUGGCAAUGCAUUUGAAUGUAAUUGUGAUAAUUUGGAUUUCAUCGAGUGGAUACAAGAAACCAAAGUAAAUCUAGACAACAGAUCAUACAAAUGUACACUUUUGAACGGAACAGUCAUAACCGUAAUCGAAGCAUAUGAAAACAUGCAUGAUUUGUUUUCCCACUGUAGAAAUUCAAUAUGGUUGAUGGUCUCUUCCACUUUGUUAGGAACAAGUUGUAUUGUGGCUGUGGUACUUCUAUUAUACAGUAAACGAUGGAGCAUAGCUAUAUUUUUUUACCGCAUAUUUCGAAAAAUUGUUGAAAAGAAAUAUGGUAAAAAAUACACAUAUGACGUUUUCGUUUCAUAUGGAGGGGAUUGCAUACCUUGGAUAAAACAAUACUUCAUUCCAAAACUAGAAGACGAAUGGAAACUUAAAAUAUGCGUAAAAGAUCGCGACUUUUACGGCGGCGAGUCAUUUUAUGAUGCAGAGGCAGAUAGCAUAGAAAACAGUAGACAUGUUAUAUUUUUACUUACUCCAAUAUUUAAAGACUCGCGAGACUGUCUUUUUGAAAUUGAUAGAGUGAAACAUGAAAUAAGUAUGCAGAACAUUGAAAAUAUUAUAGUCAUAUCUAAAGACAUCACUUUAAAAGAUAUUCCUGAAGGACUUACUCAUAUUUGGAACUAUGUUUUAUUUAUCCAGUGGCCAGAAGACUGUAAUGAUCAUGACUUUACAUGGUUAAAAUUGAGAAAGUGGAUUUCCGGUGAUUAUCUUUAUCAGAAUGAAUGAAACGAAAUUAAUGCAGUGCAAACACCAGGUGUCUUCUAAUAAGAAAAUAACACUUUAUAAAGUUUAUGCGUCUGAAUCGAUUUUCUGAUUUAACGUUUACCGGGAACGCUCAAAGCCACAAAUCUUAAAGCAAAUGAUGUAUAAAUAUCGAAACUCGUGAAGAGUGUAAUUAACCAAAUCCAUCUCCAUCUAAUUUCAAUAUUGUCUGUGGGAGUUAGAACCUCAGCUAUCACAAUGAUUCAGCUUUGCACCGGUCACAGUACAUUUCCCAAUCUUUCUCCUAAUGUGUUGACUAUGAAAAUUUUUGUUGAAUUCUUAAAAAAUGUCCGACGAAAUUUUUAUAACAUAUCUAUGUUGAUUUAACGUUAUGAAGUCUGUCUGAAUCACUGUUAUCAAGAGACAGAGAUUGAUUUAUGUUAUAAAUAUGUCUGGUUUACAUAUAAAAAAUGACAACCCUCUUUUGAAAAUACCAAAAUAAACAAUUGUUUAAUUUAUCAAUAAAAUUAACAAAAAAUUGAAAGUAUUGAAAAUUCUAACAUUUCUGCAAUUGCAGAGGUCACAUAAUUUCUCUUCUUCUUUUGUCAUCGAUAAGUUGGAACAAAAUUUAUUUAAUUUUUAUUGUCCCAUCACACCAAACCAGUUCAUUAAAAUCAAAACGUUUAAAUAAACACAUUCCGUGUACGCAACAGGUGUGUCUUGAAUCACCUUCAUCAAGGUCGCUCGUAGCAAAAACAACGCUGAAUCAAUGAAGCCAAACGUGCGUAAAAUGAAGAACUAAAGACCAUGAUAGACACACACAAAUACAACUCGCCUUGUUUAUAAAAAGGCAAUUAUAUUUGUAUCAAUGUAAUAAACUUAAAGCCCGUGCAUGUUUAAAAGAACCUUUAGUUGGUGAUUAAUAAUGAAGUUUGAAUUGCAAAAAUAAACGCGUGCGAUUGAUAAAAUUAAGUGAAGAUGUUUAAAUAAACAUUUCUUAUAUUUGAUCAAGUUAGCGCCUGUUUAUCUUGUGUUCGUUUAGUCAGUAUAGUAAACGAUUGUUUUCAAACAGAUGUAAAACGAUUACAGCGCACUUGAGAGAAAGACGGUUUUAGCUGUUACGCUUAAUAUUUGUCUACUUUAUUAACUACAUUUUCGUUCAAAAUUUACCUCUAAUUUUGUAUUUAAUACAUGUAUAUAUAUAAAACCACUUUACUUUGACGAAUAUUUAACUUUGGCUGUAAUACCAUCAAUUUCCAUAUAAUUGAACUGAUGUUUUUUUUUU